CUCACCCCGCAGUACAGCGCACAACUGGAGAAGGAAAGGAGCUCCUCUUUGGACAAGAAAAACUGGAUGGCUUGAUUUUAAAGCGGGGGCGCUUUCUUUUUAUAAAGAGGAAACGAAGGAAAAGCUCUCUGAAACUUUAGGAAGCGCUUGGGAGAAAACAGAGGAGCUAAAACCCACAGCUGAAGAUUUGAGAGGUUCCCUCCAGAUCACAAGGCAAAAUGAGCUGGAGCUUCCUCACACGUCUGCUCGAUGAGAUCUCCAAUCACUCCACCUUCGUGGGCAAAAUCUGGCUCACGCUCCUCAUCGUCUUCCGCAUCGUGUUGACAGCAGUCGGGGGUGAAUCCAUCUACUAUGAUGAACAGAGUAAAUUUGUGUGUAACACACAGCAACCUGGUUGUGAGAACGUGUGCUACGAUGCUUUCGCACCGCUGUCACACAUCCGCUUCUGGGUGUUUCAGGUGAUUUUGAUCACCACUCCUACCAUCAUGUAUCUUGGCUUUGCUAUGCAUAAAAUAGCUCGGAUGGAUGAUGACGACUACCGUCCUAGAAGGAAAAGGAUGCCGAUAGUGAGCCGAGGUGCCAACCGGGAUUACGAAGAGGCAGAGGAUAAUGGAGAGGAGGAUCCUAUGAUCCUGGAGGAAAUUGAGCCAGAAAAAGAAAAGGAGGUUGCAGAGAAGCCGAGCAAAAAGCACGACGGGCGGCGUCGCAUCAAGCGUGAUGGCUUGAUGAAAGUCUAUGUUUUCCAGCUGCUGUCUCGUGCGAUCUUCGAGGCCUCCUUCCUGUUCGGACAGUACGUCCUGUAUGGACUGGAAGUGGUUCCAUCAUACGUCUGCACACGCUCCCCCUGCCCCCACACAGUGGAUUGCUUUGUUUCACGUCCGACAGAGAAAACUAUCUUCCUGCUCAUCAUGUAUGCUGUCAGCGCCCUGUGCCUGCUCUUCACUGUGUUGGAGAUCCUCCACCUUGGCAUCAGUGGAAUCAGGGACUGCUUUUGUGCGCCUCGGCCCAGGCCGCCCACCCCUCGUCACCCAGCUUUGGCCAGCCAGAGGUCCUCAAUCUGCCGCCAGCCCUCAGCACCUCCAGGCUACCACACAGCGCUGAAGAAGGACCCGUCUGGAAAAAUGGGUUUCAGGGACAACCUUGGCGACUCAGGGCGGGAGUCGUUUGGUGAUGAGGCUUCAUCUCGGGAGCUGGAGAGGCUGCGUAGACAUUUAAAACUGGCCCAGCAGCAUCUGGAUUUGGCUUAUCAGAAUGAGGAGAGCAGUCCGUCACGCAGCAGUAGCCCAGAGUCUAACGGUACUGCAGUGGAGCAGAACAGACUAAACUUCGCCCAGGAGAAGCAGAGCAGUACAUGUGACAAAGGUCUGCGUGCAUAGGCUCUCCUCUCAGCCAAGUCGACACUAAAGAUUUAUCAGGAGCAGUAGGCGAACAAAGGGAAUCAAAGGGAGUGUGCGGGUGUUUGUGAACUAGCUUGAGGUGAAUGAAGUCAACCCAAGCCGUCCAGUGUUAUGAUCAACUGUGGUCGAGCAAAGAGCAGAAGGAGGAGAGUGGUCGUCUCAGCGGAGCAAUACUUGAGACCCAAGCCUGUCUGAAGAUCCAAAGUGCUUACAAACUACCGUCAAUGCAGCAAGAACGGUUACGGUUCACGUUUGCUUCUCCCUCAGGGCAGCUAUCCUAUUUUUUUUUUUUUUUUUAAACAAAUAUUUUUAUUACGAGACUUAGAACUAUUAGUCAUUUUUACAAGUUUUUCCUCUUUGGAAGUUUGCAGUGAGAGCAUCUCAAGUUUGCCUUAGACCUAAACUGGAACUCUUUUCUAUGGCAUUUUGUAAAGGUACGGCCAAGCCAGUUGUAGAGCAAAAAAAAAAAAGUGUUGAAACUGUAAGAAUCUUGUGAGGAGAUGCAUCAGUGAAUGAGUGUAAUGCAAACAUAGUGAAUGGACAGGGCACCGUUAAUAAACGGAAGGUACUGGAGUUGUUGUCAUGCUGAUGAAGACUUUUUGAGGUGUUGAUUUUCAUACAAAGGUUUUUCUGAGUGUGUGACAUGUUUUUUGUUUUAAAGUUUUAAAAAUGUUGGCACUGCACCAGUCAACAUUCCCAAGCCGGGUGCCUCGAUGGUAACUGGAACACACUUGGGGUGCCUUUGUCCAAAGGAUUAAACAAACCUGGGUAAUGCUUGAAAAACAUGUAACUCUUGAUAUUGUAUUGUUUAAACGUGUAUUUGAUACUGUUCUUUAUUUUUGUAGUAGUUUUGUGCUGUUGAGAAGAGGCUCUUGUCACUGUGGCUUUUUUUAUUUGAAAGGAAUGACGUUCACUGCUGUCUUAGCUCCCUGAAGCCAGAUUAAAUCCACAGACUGGCCUGUUCUGAAAGUACAAUUUAAGUUCAACUCCAUUUCUUUUUCCAAUAAUCUACAUCACGGUCUUUAUCCUUUUUGACCAGCUUACAUUCCUCUUUUCAUUUCCACUUCUGUUGGUUGAAUAAGGGAUUAUUCUGUUCAUGUUCAGUGUCCGAAAGUGCUGAUUUUUGGAUCAGUGGUAUCACCGCUCCAGAAUCUUAAGUUGUAAAUGAUCAGAUCAUUUCAAUGUGAAAUCAAUGCCUUGAAUGCGCUCUUCAAAGAUGCCAUCUUUUGUAUUCAGAAUCAUACCCACAGUGCCAUUAGAACCAACUCGAAUAUUGUCAUCUCAAGUUAUUUUUGAACAAUGCUUUUGUACUUUUUAUACUUUUUGUAUUGAUAGUACUUUGUGGUUAGUUUUUACAAUAAAAAAUCAACAAAUACAAGUUC